GUUUGGCUCAAUUUAGGGCUUGUUGACCUAAGUGGGCAAACUGUUUGUACUUGCAAGAAGCGCUUCUGGCCCCGGCAGUCAACGCCAUGGCCGAGGCGUGGCAGAUGAAUGAUCUGCUGUUUGCACGGGAGCCGAUGAAGGUCCCGGUGCCCGCGGUUGCGGUACCCGGCCCACCACCUGGCCUGGAAGCGUUUCUGGCCUCCAAGGACGAGAGCGUCAUGGACGAUGACAUCUCUACCCAAGUCCGCGAUGAUGGAAGCCGAGCUGGUAGCCGAGCCUCUAGCGAUGUAGGCGGCACAGGCUCUUUCAGCGAGUGCAAGUUCCUUCUGGAAGACCUGCAAGAGUUCCGUAUGUUGCUGCUCGGCCGCGUGAAUUCAGCGAUCACUGCUCUAUCAAAAGCUGACAAGGACCUCGCUGUGGCUGUGGGGCAUCUUCCACCACAGAUCGAGGAAUUGGUGAACGUUGCUAGGGAAGUUGCCAGUGAGCUCACGUCCGCCUGCCAGAACGAGAUGCUGAUUGUAUCUGGAUAUGGGGCGCUUGGACAUUCUGAGCCUGGCAGAAUCCUAUGUGAGGCGCUGGCAGUUCUCAGCAGCUUGAGGAAGCGAGCCCGCAAAGUACGUGCUGAGUACUUGGCGAUCCUGGAGUGUAUUCGCUAUGUGGCGCUGUGCAAUGAAGCCGUUUGGGCCGACACCUUUGAAGGGACGCCGGACUACCGCCAGGCGGAGCCGCGGUCGUUGGACCUCUGGGCCCUGGAGUCCUUCUCGGGGCUGCGGGCCGUGAGCGAGGCCACGGGCUCCGAGCUGCUGGAGCUGAGUCUGGGCCAUUUGCGUGCGGCAACUGACCUUAUGGAGGAAUGCACAGACUUCUGGAUCAUGCUGCACAAUACAGAGCUCCAACUUCCCGAGAUCAAGGAGGGAAAGGUUGCGCCAAAGAAACAGGCCAAGAAAUGAAAAGCCAAGGAGCUCGCUCUGAAAAUACCCCGAAUUCAGUGGCGCUCGCACCUAUUCAUGCUUGGGAAGAGGAUAGGGGUGUUCCAAAGA